UAUUUGUAGAAUUCAAAUUUAUAGAAUUUAUCAAAAUGUAGAUGUAAAAAUAAGAAUUUAUAUUCUCUCUUUCUUUAGCCCUUAAUCUUUUAAGGAGUCAAGACGUGGCGACCUUUUUUGCAUAUAUUCGUCGGCUUUAGAGAAGAAUUAUUAAAAAAUUAAAUAAUAGUCACUGUAAUGAAUGAUUAAUAGAUAAUCAUUACAAAUUCGAAUCACUCUUCUGUGAUGAAGUGUACGGACCGUCGGAUAUAUCGUGAGAAUAUAGUGAUUGUUUGAUAAAAAUUUAUAAUUGUACUUAUAAAAAUUAUCUUUUUUAUUUAUAAUUAAACUUUGCGAACAAUUUUUGAAAUUGUGGUUUAAAGUAUGUCACAACUUUAUUUGAGUGAGUCUUGAUGAAUGGGAAUGGAGUCGGGCAUCGACAUGAAUGAAACGCGCGUGAUUAAACAACCGUCGCGUUGACUUGAACGUGCGAAUAACGGAUGCUUACUUUCGUCAUCAGUUAUUCAUCCGGCCGAUCUAUAAGACAUACAUACAAUACUGUGACAGACAAUGCCCCGAUUUGCCAAAUGGCAAAAGCGGGAAAAUAAGAGUUUCUCGUAAGAAGCCGUAGGCUGUAAUCUCCAAAUUAAAGAUUUUACGAUAAAAAUUCUACCAAUAGAAAAUCCAAAGGCAAGAAAUGGACAAUAGACAAACAUCUGUUGGGAAUGAAAUAUAUAAUGAUAUAAAUAAAAUAUAUUAUGUCCAAAAUUUCAAGUGAAUUUUUUUAACUUAAUGCAGAUGAGCUGCAUGACAAAUUGUUAAUCUUGUUAAUUUAAGAGUUGACUACGACCGCAAUUCAGUUUGUAAUUUAAAAUAAAUAGUCGUUGAAUUAACUUUGAAAAGGAAUCGCGAAGGAGUCUUUGCGUCUUCGAACGUUUUUCGCGCUUGAGAUCGGCGAAUGAGCACGGAAUUCUGUCUCCUAUCCGACACCUGGAUUCAUGAGAGGCACGCAGCCACCAGCCAAGGAUGUCGGAUAGUUCGGAUCAGCUGUCAUCACCGAACAGCGACUGUAAUAGUCAAAUGGGCGUCGUGCAUCGCAAUGCAACCGCGCAAUACAACAACACAUCGUCAAUGUCCGGUCUCGGGCUGACUCAUCAUCCUCAAAAUCUAACGCCGACAUCGAAUGGCAGUCCCCAAUAUUCGCAGGAGCUUUCCACCUGCAACUCUGCCAGCGUAAACACCAACAUCGGGAACAUCAGCGGUCUCUCCCUUAGCAGCAGUACUAAUAACUUUACACCUGAACAGAUAUCUUGCAUGUGCGAGGCGCUGUCGCAAAGCCAAGACAUUGAGAAACUAUCCAGAUUUCUUUGGUCCUUACCGCCUGGAGAACUGUUGCGCGGAGGCGAGAGCGUGCUAAUGGCGCGUGCCGCUGUUGCUUUUCACCGCGGAGCCUACCACGAGCUUUACUCGAUCCUGGAGAGCCAUCCUUUCUCGCCGCGUCGACACCCCGAACUCCAGCAGAUGUGGUUCAAGUCGCAUUAUCGCGAAGCUGAGAAAAUUCGCGGUCGACCAUUGGGCGCCGUGGAUAAGUAUCGGUUGCGUAAGAAGUAUCCCCUACCGAAGACGAUCUGGGACGGCGAGGAGACCGUGUACUGCUUCAAAGAACGAUCGAGGAACGCUUUGAAGGAGUGCUACAUGAGAAACCGAUAUCCUACGCCGGACGAAAAGAAGAAUCUCGCGAAGAAAACUGGCUUGACGCUCACGCAGGUGUCCAAUUGGUUCAAGAAUCGCCGACAGCGAGAUCGCACGCCGCAAACAAGAACGGAUAUGCUACCACUGAAUUGUCAAGGCACGACUAACAGUACAAUUAGCAGCUCAGUGAGCAACGGCGGUAGUAUCCAAUCUUUACAGAGUAUCGAUUCCGACAGUCCGAAUCUCACAAUGUCACCUCUGUCAACCAUGGGUAUGUCACCAGUCAUGAAUCCAUGCAGUCCGAUGGGUAUGAGUCCCAUGGGUCCUCAUCAUGGUUACGCUACUCCUACUCCAUCAUCCGUUCAUACGUCACAUCCUCAUAACGGCGGAUUGAGUCCCAUGAACGACGUUAAGACUUUGUGUUACGGACGCAGUGUUUACGACACAGGUAAAGACGUGGAGCAGAGCUCGGUUUAUUACUCCAGCCAUUCUAGUAUGCACCAUCAGUAUUAUCAGCAGACUCAUCAUCAGAUGAUGUCUAGCUCCCAUCAUCAUCACCAUCAUCAGCAGAGCGUGCCGGCCGGCUACGAGAUCAUGCUGCCGCCACCAUCCAUGUGACUAGCGGAUUAUGAGGACGAUCGAAGUAAUCAAGGUCUUCACAGUCAGAAUGAUGACGUGGUGACGCGUAUACACGCCUUCGCCUGAUCUCUCCGCUUCUUCUCUCGUCUCGAUUCCAAGCGCACGCAAUAAAGAACAGUCUAUGUAUAUUUGGUGAAUUAGUUGUUUCACAAAACAAGUGACACAAUCGUUUUUAAUUAUUUUAAUUUUAUUUUAAUUACUUGCCCGAGAAAUGUUUACUUAAAAAGGUACCGAAUGUUUUGUUACAUAUAUAUCAAUGUGAACAAUAUAGUUUCAGGGCUGGGUAGUAUCUAAGUAAAAAAAUAAAAGUUAAGUUAAAAAGUUAAAUAAUUUUAACUUAACUUAUUAUUAGUUACAUAU